AUGGAGUACAAAUCGACAAGCUCCCCAAAAGGAUUCUCGAUCCACCGCCACUCUAAAGACUCCCACAGAAACUCUACACCCGUGAAAGGUACAGCACUCCCACCACGUCGAAUGACAAUAGAAACAACUUCACAAUCACUGACUUCUUCAUAUUCACCGCGUCAAUCUUUAUCUGCCAUUUCUCAAGAAGAACAACCCACAACCGUGAAUGGGGAUACGUCCAUUUCUGUCGUUCGAAAACACAUCUUUUCGUCGACAAGUAAUUUAAUUGAAGAACUCAAAAAAGCACUGAGCUACAAGAGGCUAGUUCUAGGUGUAUUUUCUCAUGUGCACAAGACUGAAACAAAGAAGAGUGUUAUAGAAACAAUCGACACUGAGGCAUUACCUAUUAUUGAAAUUGAAACAUCCGACUUGGUGCCUUUAGAAGUAGCUAAAGAUAAAGAGACGUUUGAAGACCUCUUUGUCGAGAUCGAAGACAUUGAAGAAAUCUUUUCAAAUGCACUUCAACUCUUCGAGACAAACGCACCGAACAGUCUUUGCCCAUUAGUCAUGUAUCUGCGGCAAGACGCAGUCGAUCGAAUCACAAGCUUCAUCCCAAAUCUGAAAUAUAAAACAAUGCAGACUACGGUCUUUGCCACUUCUUCAAAAUUCUUUAAAAGAGUCUACGAGUGCAAAGACUUACCAAACCCAGUCGAACUGUUUGCCGACAUUUCAGCAUAUUUGUGUGCAUUGAUCCCCCUCUUCGAGUCGGACAGAGUCGACGUCCAACGAAAAAUCGAGGCGCAAGAAAUGUUGGUUCAAUUCAAAGUGUCUUCCUCAUUCAAACUGCGGUCGAGUGAUUCCAUUUCAUUGUCCGGGCUCUUAUGGGCAAAGUCUAAUAUCAGGAACUCUGCAGUCUUUACAACACAAAUGUUAAAGUCGUCGUCUGAACUCGGCGCAUUUUUAGUCCAACAUGAUGUCAUUCUAUUUUUAAGAUGCUUGUUAGGGGUCGACUCCUCUUUUGAUAUUAUGUCUUCUGUUUUUCAAGCACUCGAUGAAGACAAAAUCAUCGAUUGUUCACUUGCCUAUGUCAAAUUGGUGACUAAAGACGGGAUCGUGCGAUACCACAAAACUGCUUUGGUGUUGACCAAACUUGGAUUGAUCAGUGUUGUUCUGUUCUCGAAUGGAAAAGCUCUGUUUGGCGACUUCAUCACUGCAAAGAGCUUGGUCAACGCAGAGAUCGAAAAGUGCCCUUCACAAGACCCGACUUUUAUUGGCGAUUUGCACAUCAAAUGUAAAAAUGAGAAUUACAAGAAGGAAGUGUACUACGGCUUUAUGCAUGAAGAGGAAUUACAAGAAUGGGGCGCGACCUUUCAGAUGUGGGCUGGACAACUCGACGUAGUCUAUGAGCCCAACGUUGAAAUUACAAGUCCAAUAGUCACCCAAUUUAACAAGAGAAAAGGCCAAAAAGUCCAAAAGUAUGUUGGGAGUUCGGCGCAAGAUUUGGUAGAAGUCCAACUGUCACUUAAUGGGAGCACUUUAGUUCCCGAGGUCAUUCAAAAGUGCGUGAAUCAAAUAAUUCGAGAGGGUUUGGGGGUUGAAGGACUCUUUAGAAAACCCCCCGACCAAAACCAAUUGGAGGAGGUCAUGAAGAAAUUGAACGACAAAGACUUCCGACUGACUUUUAAUAGUAAAGGGGAGUACCCCAUAUCAACAUUAUGUGGAUUGUUAAAGAGCUUUUUAAUGGAGAUGAACCCUCGGUUUUUGAAUGAAGACCAACAUAAAGUCUUUUUUGAGAUCAGUAAGAAGAAGGAUGGAGAGCGUCGAGAGAUGUGCAUGCAAUUCAUUAAGUUACUCGACGCGCCACAAAAAGUGAUACUUGGCGAGUACCUUUACUUGAUGACGUUCAUCGCUGCGAAUCAACGGAUCAACCGAAUGGGUUCUUUGAAUUUGUCCACCGCAAUUUGUCAGUGUUUUCUUCCUCGGAAAAACAGUGUCGAAGGUGCGUCUGUUGAGAACGAGAGUUUCGAGUGUUUGAUUGAUAAUUUCGACAUGUUUAAGGAGAACACACCAAAGACACUUCCUUCGAUCUCUUGCUUGUUUAAACGACAGAACAAGAAUGAUGGUGGCAUUGCCUUAAUAUACAUCGAGAAGUCUGAAGUGAUGUGGGUGAUCGACAAGAAUGGCGGUGUUGUAUCAGUUGAUGUGAAUACGUUGAAAUCCGAACUGACUAAAAUCAGUGAUGUAAACAUUUUAGACAUGAAACACAUGACGGUGAGUGGAGAUAUCGUUGUUGUUGGUACGACGUCGAUGAUAUACUCCAUAUCCGUUCUCACAAAAACAGUGAUCCAGAAAAGUGAGAAGAAACGGUGCAGCUUCCUCACCUCAAGUCAAGAUGUUCUUUAUAUCGGCGAACAAAAUGGUGAAAUAGAAAUAGUAGAUGUGAACACAUUUACCGUUAAAAGUGUAAUUGAUGUCAAACUGAAUGAAGGAGACAGUAAGACUAUCAAUCCAGUCAUCUCUUUCAUUCUACCUACUAAUGACUACAUCUACGCAGUUGGCGUCAAUCGGUGCGAAGUAGUUAAGAUCGAUAAAGCCACUGAAAAGGUCAAGCAAGUGAUAUACACGCCACACAACUCGACAAUCACUUGUUUAGGGUUUUCAGAGGAAAGCAAGAAGCUUUGGAGUGGGGAUUAUAAUGGUAUGAUCUGUGUGUACUCUGCAGAUAACAAUUCGCUCUCACACAAAUUCCAAUUUCCACCCACAUUUGGUAAUGUCACAUCACUUCAAAGUAUCCCAGGGUAUGUCAUUGCUACAUUCAUUUCGUCACAAAUUGUUGUCUUCAGUUCAGAUAAAGCACAUUUGAUUACAUCUGCUUCCACCGAUUUGUUUGUGUCAUGCAAGUCGAGUAUUGUUGUGAGACGGAAUUUGAAUGGAACGAAGUCCUGGAACAUUUGGAUGGAAAAGGAUGACAGUGGAGAUGUUGUGAUCUUAGAUGUGUCGUACCCGUCCUCUCAAAACAAUGACAUUGUGCUGGAUAGGCUUGACAAUUACAUCACAAAUAAAUACUACGCUAAGGCAGACGUUGGUCAUCAAUUCAUGCAAGCAAAAACAGAAGACAAAUGUACUAUAUGUGGUGAGUCUUUUGUUGAUGGGUUGGAUUGUUACAAGUGUUCGAAGUGCGAGAAACACGUGCAUGGGAGUUGCAUCGCGAAAUUUGCAUUUGUGCCGUGUAUGAAACCGACCGGCUCUAUUUUUGAUGUGAUCAACACAUCGAAGGGUGGCGUGAAGAAACAGAAAGUCAAGAAGUGA